AUGGGGACACAGUUUGUUAAUAUGAACAUGACCUUCAAUAUCCAGGCUCAGACCAUGGAAUUCCUACCUUCUGAAACUGCAUAUCCAAAUGGUCUCUUCAUUCGAGACGUCAACGAUAUCGUCUUGUAUGUCUAUUGUUUUGGUGCUGAAAACGUUGGACCAUAUGGCCCUGGCCCCACCGAGACUUUGGGACCAGGCGGAGGGAAUUGGACAGGACCUAUAGAGGUCACUCCGGAUCUAUGGCGUGUUAAUUUCGACUGGAACAUCAUUAUGGAAGGAGAAGAAAAGACCUCUCGGCCAUUUUCUCUUCCAGUGACGGAUUGGAAGAAGUUAAACCCAACUGAACUCAAGGCAUUCAAAGAUGCGCUUGGCAAACUCCUAGAAUCAAAGAAAUUAUCUGAUCAGGAGACUCGGAGGCUUCAGGUGAUCCUGGACCAGAUCAAGAGCAAAGACACUUCAGGUAGUGUUUGA